CGCCUCCAGUUGGCGGAAGACGCGGAGUUCUCGUGCACGUUGAUGUUUGAGUGAAUUAGCAGCGGUCCUGUCGUCUCUCGUCCCGUCUCCCUCCGACAUGUCGGUCACGGAGAUGUUCAGCUACAUCCAGGGCUUCCUGAGCGCCGACCAGGACAUCCGGGAGGAUAUUCGUAAAGUGGUGCAGCUGCUGGAGCAGACGGCCCGGGAGAUCCUGACCGUCCUGCAGAGCGUGCACCAGCCGUCCGGAUUCAGAGAAAUUCCCGAGAAAUGUGCGAAGGCGCGGGAGCUCUUCUCCACCGUCAGGACUCAGAUCGCAGAUCUCAAGACCAGAUUUCCUGUGGAGCAGUAUUACAGGUUCCACGAACACUGGAGGUUUGUCCUGCAGCGCCUGGCCUUCCUGGCGGCGCUGGUGGUUUACCUGGAGAGCGAGGCGCUGGUGACCCGAGAGGAGGUGGCUCAGAUCCUGGGCAUCGAGGUGGUGCGGGAGAAGGGCUUCCACCUGGACGUGGAGGACUACCUGGCAGGUGUGCUGAUCAUGGCCAGCGAGCUGUCCCGGCUGGCGGUGAACAGCGUGACGGCGGGGGACUACGGCCGGCCGCUGCGCAUCUCCAGCUUCAUCAACGAGCUGGACUCGGGCUUCCGGCUGCUCAACCUGAAGAACGACCCGCUGAGGAAGCGCUACGACGGCCUCAAGUACGACGUCAAGAAGAUCGAGGAGGUGGUGUACGACCUGUCCAUCCGCGGCCUGGCCGCCGAGCCGGAGGCCGGGGGCGGCAAGUAGGGGGGGCGGCCGCUCCGGGCCCGGACCCCUGCCGGGACCCGAACCCCCCCUGGAAGAAAGACCUGGGAUCAGCCCGAGGCCCAGCAGCCGGGACAGACUGACGCAGGGAGAGUGUGUGAGAGAGAGAGAGAGAGAGAGAGAGAGAGAGUGUGUUUCUGGGUGAAUGAAUGGAUGGAUGAGUCUGAGAUCGCUCACACCCUCAAGGUCAACGGUUCGAUUCCUUUGCUUAUUUUCAAAAAUGUUUUCUUGUUUCAUGGUUGAUUCCGUUCGCGUGUGUGUGUGUGUGUGUGUGUGUGUGUGUGUUGGAGUUUCUCAUGUAAAUGAUGCAUCCAGACAUCCGAGAGCCUCAUUUCUGAACAGAGCGACCCUCUGAAGGUCAGGCCAACCCUCUGAAGGUCAGGCCAACCCUCUGAAGGUCAGGCCGGCCCUCUGAAGGUCAGGCCAACCCUCUGAAGGUCAGGCCGACCCUCUGAAGGUCAGGCCGACCCUCUGAAGGUCAGGCCGGCCCUCUGAAGGUCAGGCCGACCCUCUGAAGGUCAGCAGAGGCUCUGAUCAUGUUUGUGAAUGAGGCUGGAGGAGAAACAGCCAAAGUGAGCGAGGUGGACUUCCGGAGCCGGAAGCUGCGGUACGGAGACGACCGAGUUCUCCAGACCCGUUGAGGACCCGUUGAGGACCGGCGCCAUGGCAGGGCUGCUGAGCCGUUUCACCUGCUGCAUGUAAACGUUUGAUGUUUUUUCACUUGACGUGUCCUGAAGGUUGUGUGUUGGUUAUUUGCUGUACAGACCUUUGAUCGCUGUAGUGAAGCUGUGUUUUCUAAAAAACCUUCACCUCC